AUGAAUCGUAAUAGAUUGAUAGCGAACAGUAAUAUCUAUCUAUCUGCUAGUCCUUCUCUAAUCUAUCUAUCUAUCUAUCUAUCUAUUCAUCUAUCUAUCUAUCUAUCUAUCUAUCUAUCUCUCAGUCUUCUCUCUCUCUCUAUCUCAGCCUUCUCUAAUCUAUCUAUCUAUCUAUUUAUCUAUCUAUCUAUCUCAGUCUUCUCUCUCUCUCUCUCUAUCUAUCUAUCUAUCUAUCUAUCUAUCUAUCUAUCUAUCUCAUCCUACUCUAAUCUAUCUAUCUCUCAGCGUUCUUCUAUCUAUCUAUCUAUCUAUCUAUCUAUCUAUCUAUCUAUCUAUCUAUCUGUGCUCAUCUAUACAUAUGUAUCUAUGAGUCUAUCUCCUGAACAACGGGACGCCAUGGCGUUUUGUCCUCUUCCUUACUCUUUUCCUUUCCUUGUUCGUUGGCCUGUCACUCGCCUAUUGCUUGACCACUGUCAUUUGGCCGAACCACGGCAUCAUGUCUGUUUUAGCUGUCAGUCAGACAAGUCAAUCGGAGACGUUUCUCCUUUGUCCCUGGGAUUUCAGCCCAUCCAUCUUGUCUGUUCUAUGCUUCUUACCGCCCAACUGUCCGUCAACAUAAGCUCCAAGCCCUACGACAAAAAUGGACAGUUACUCUCCCAAAGACAAUUUCAUUGGAGUCGCAUUCUCACACAUAAAAAAAAAACAUAUAUGUGCGCAUACACAUGCGCUUCCUACUAUCUAUCUAUCUAUCUAUCUAUCUAUCUAGCACUGUUUACUAUCGAUCUAUUACGAUUCAUUACCUACUUACCUAUGUAUCUAUUUAUCUAUCACUGUUCACUAUCUAUUUAUUACGAUUCAUUAUAUAUCUAUCUAUCUAUCUAUCUGCUAGUAAAUAUUGAAUUCUAUAUCCACACUGAAUCUAUCUAUCUAUCUAUCUAUCUAUCUAUCUAUCUAUCUAUCUAUCUAUCUAUCUAUCUAUCUCAGCCUUCUCCAACCAACCUACCUAUCUAUCUAUCUAUCUAUCUAUCUAUCUAUCUAUCUAUCUAUCUAUCUAUCUAA